CCAAGCAGGGGCGGAGCCGCGCCCGGGGUUUCCCAGCCGGGUCGCAAGGGCGGGGGAGCGCGAGCGCGGAGGCAGGCGAAGCCGGGCGGAGGGCGGAAACGGGUGGUAGUGCUGGUGGUUGCCGCCUGCCCUGCCGCGCCCAGCCGAGACUCCUCCGCUCCUUUCCCUAUGGCCGCGAGCGGGAGCUGAGCGGCGGAGGCCCCAAGCGACGAGCAGAAGGAGACAAACAAAAGCCACACUCGCAGCCGCGGAACACCGCCCUUCCCCGCACACACACAAAACCCUGCCCGCCCGAGCGACUCCCUCGAGGGGGGGACGACGCUACACGCGACGCUGCUGCUGUUCUUGGUGGUGCAGCCGCCGCCGCCCUCUUUUUUCCCCCCCUCCGUCCUUUUCUGGGUCCUUCGUGCGGGAAACGGAGCGGCUGCCAGGCGCAGCGCGGGACUUGCGACGAGGCGCCACCGGCCUCCUCCUCCUCCUCUUGCUUUAUUUCUCUUUCUGUCUUCCUCCUCCUCUCGGCUUCCUCCCCAGCGUUGCCUGCCCCGCUGGCUGGACUGACUGGAAGGCGGCGGCGACGGCCAAGAAGCGGCGCCUGUCGGCGGGGGUCUUGGAAAGGGGUCGCCCGCCAGGCGGGGAGCGGGCAGGCGAGCAGGGCUAGUGACUCCGUGGCAGUGGAUGAGCAGCGGCCGUCCAGGAAGGAUGCUAGGAAAGCAUGUGCUGAUGCUACAUUGGCCCAGAUCACAGCCAACAUUGAUCCAGUGGGUCGUAUUCAGAUGCGCACUAGAAGAACAUUGCGAGGACACUUGGCUAAAAUUUAUGCAAUGCACUGGGGGACUGAUUCCAGGCUUCUCGUUAGUGCAUCGCAGGAUGGCAAGCUUAUCAUUUGGGACAGCUAUACCACAAACAAGGUCCACGCUAUUCCCCUGCGCUCAUCCUGGGUAAUGACUUGCGCGUAUGCCCCAUCCGGAAACUACGUGGCCUGCGGUGGUCUCGAUAACAUUUGUUCCAUUUACAACCUAAAAACACGUGAAGGCAAUGUACGUGUAAGCCGGGAACUGGCGGGCCAUACAGGAUACUUGUCAUGUUGCCGUUUUGUGGAUGAUAAUCAAAUUGUUACCAGCUCUGGAGACACCACUUGCGCCCUUUGGGACAUAGAAACAGGCCAGCAAACAACCACAUUUACUGGUCAUACUGGAGACGUCAUGAGCCUGUCCCUUGCUCCUGAUUCUAAGUGUUUUGUCUCCGGCGCCUGCGAUGCCUCCGCAAAGCUGUGGGAUGUCCGAGAAGGGAUGUGCCGGCAAACCUUCACCGGCCAUGAAUCAGACAUCAAUGCCAUCUGUUUCUUCCCAAAUGGCAACGCUUUUGCCACAGGCUCUGACGAUGCCACGUGCCGGCUCUUUGAUCUCCGUGCCGACCAGGAGCUUAUGGUUUAUUCCCACGACAAUAUCAUUUGUGGCAUCACCUCUGUAGCUUUCUCCAAGAGCGGACGCCUCCUCCUAGCUGGCUAUGAUGACUUCAACUGCAACGUGUGGGACACGCUCAAAGCAGACAGAGCAGGUGUCCUAGCUGGCCAUGAUAACCGUGUCAGUUGCUUAGGUGUAACUGAUGAUGGCAUGGCGGUGGCAACAGGAUCAUGGGAUAGCUUCCUCAAGAUAUGGAACUAAAGUCUGUAAAAAGAAUAGCAGUGGACUCCACGCUGACUGGAAGACUUUUCCAACGGUUGAAAAUUUAAAAUAAUGUAUCCAAUCCAACUAUACUAACUUGGACACCCCUUCGCCUCCCCUCCUACCCAGCCACCAAAGGGCAAGAUCUUUCACGUCUCCUACUGCUGAAAUGAAGAGCACAAUUAUCUUUAAAAGAAGAAUUUCUGUGGUUAUAUACAAAAUAGCAAAAAGAAGUAAAAUUGUGCAUUCCUUUUGGGACCACUUUUCGUCUAGAAAACUAAAGAGGAAAAAAAAACACUCUUUGUGUAAGCAUGCCCAGACAAAACAAGAGAAACAAAACCAUUGUGAAGCAGACAACUUUUAACUUUCACUGUAGUUUAACGAUUGCAGCCCAUUGAUCUGGUUAUACUGACUUUAUGAGUUGGGCUGGGAGGGCCUUGUUUUAUCUCACUUUCAAACUUUGAAGUCGUGUUUGUAGCAGGGUUGAUAUCUACUUUCCAUCUUUCCAUUUUAUUUUCUUUCAUGCAAUUUGAUUUUUAUGGUAAAUUGUUGAGCCGAGACAAGACAAGGGAGUCCAAACCCAGAUGUUUCUGGGGUUGUUAAUGCUGUAAAUUUAGUCCCUGAAUUCUUUUUUUAUAAUUAUUAUUAUUUCUGUCUCAGUGUCACAAAUUGUUGCACAAAUAUUGCAUAUAUAGGAUAAUGUUAAGCAGUAAGAUAACCAAGCACACGCUGUACAUGGUAUUGAAUGUUUGUUUUUUUUAAAAAAAUCUUUCACCUUUUAUGGGUAACAGAAUGCAAACUCUAGUUUUUUCCACCCCACCGAAAUGUGUUAUUCUUUUAUUCUGUCAUAGUUUGGAUUUCUAAUGCCCAAUGAGAGGGCAUUUCAUAGCCUAACACUACCCCAUAAUCUCAGCAAAACAAACAAGAUUUUGUGGAUUUGGGUUUUUCUGUGGGGGUGGGGGGUGCUGGAAAGAGAAACCUGUUCAGCGCUUGGCUGUUCCAUCAAUUCUUUGUGUAUGAAACAAUGUACAAAUUAAUGUUUUUGGAAAUAAUGAUCUUAAAAACUUUCUGAGUUAAACAAGAACAAUGGAAAGAGAAAAUUCGUUUUGGUUUGCCAUAUUGGGUUGGAUUACUCUUUAGAAUCGCAUGCUGUAGAAAUGCUCACGUACAUAUGAGACUGAUGUGUCCUUAUAUGUGUUUUCUUUCAAGAAAUAACCUGUUUUUUUAAGAUGUAACCAUUGCUGAUCUCCUCAUUUACUGUCGCUACUCUGUGCAUUUAAAAAAAUCUAUGAGAAGUACCGAGCUAUGCACAUCCUGGAGUAGUGUGAUAAAUCACUAUUCUUAAUUUGAAAGAAAGAAAAACACUUGUUUAAACAAUCACUGUAGAUUUGAUUCUGAGGUGGGGACGAGGGGAAUAAUACUCUCUUAAAUUCCUAAUAGCCUGUCGUCAAGUAGCCCUUUUUAUCAGAUUAGGUGGUGAUGGUGGCUUUUUGUUUUUUCCUAACAAGAAACCUUUUCUGGCUUUGUGUUUUCAAAAUGAAAGGGAGGGGGGAGAAAGGUUAAAUACCAUUUUUGAGCAGGAAAUUGCUUUGUCAAAUGUUGAGCCUCUCUUUCAUUGUACGGGAAUUUUUUUCCCCUCCCCUUGUUGCAGCAAUGACUUUUAUCCAUUUUAGGGUGUGUGUCCCCACAGCAACAUUCUGUACAAAAUGUGCUGUAAUUGUGUGGUGUUAGGCUUGGAUUUGGCAUUUCAAAAGAGAGAGAGAGAGAAACACCCCUCUUCCCCAUUCUCCAUCCACCCCUCCCAUGGAACUAUUCUCAGUAGAGCUUUCUCCACACCCCCUUGUAUCCUUCACCUUUUGUAUUUAAUUUUAAAGUCUGUACUUCAAGAAAGCUGGAUGCAAGAUAGAUACUAUAUUAAAAUGUACUGUUAUUUAAGAUGUAAUAAAGCAGUUUGAGAUGA